ACCGCUGAGGAGCGAUCAAGAUGAUAGAGGUACUGACAACUGACUCUCAGAAACUGCUACACCAGCUGAAUGCCCUGUUGGAACAGGAGUCCAGAUGUCAGCCAAAGGUCUGCGGCUUGAGACUAAUUGAAUCUGCACACGAUAAUGGCCUCAGGAUGACUGCAAGGCUAAGGGACUUUGAAGUAAAAGAUCUUCUCAGUCUAACUCAGUUCUUUGGCUUCGACACAGAGACAUUUUCUCUAGCUGUGAAUUUACUGGACAGAUUCCUGUCCAAAAUGAAGGUACAACCCAAGCACCUUGGGUGUGUUGGACUGAGCUGCUUCUACUUGGCUGUAAAAUCAAUAGAAGAGGAGAGGAAUGUCCCGUUAGCAACUGACUUGAUCCGAAUCAGCCAGUAUAGGUUCACGGUUUCAGACUUGAUGAGAAUGGAAAAGAUUGUGUUGGAGAAGGUGUGUUGGAAAGUCAAAGCUACUACUGCCUUUCAAUUUCUGCAACUCUAUUAUUCACUCAUUCAAGAAAACUUGCCAUUUGAAAGGAAGAAUAGCCUUAAUUUUGAAAGACUAGAAGCUCAACUUAAGGCAUGCUACUGCAGGAUCAUAUUCUCUAAAGCAAAGCCUUCUGUGUUGGCAUUGUCCAUCAUUGCAUUGGAGAUCCAAGCCCAGAAGUGUGUAGAGUUAACAGAAGGGGUAGAAUGUCUUCAGAAACAUUCCAAGAUAAAUGGCAGAGAUUUGACCUUCUGGCAAGAGCUUGUAUCCAAGUGUUUAACUGAAUAUUCAUCGAACAAGUGUUCCAAACCGAAUGUUCAGAAGUUGAAAUGGAUUGUUUCGGGGCGUACUGCACGGCAACUGAAGCAUAGUUACUACAGAAUAACCCACCUUCCAACAAUUCCUGAAAUGGUCCCUUAAUUGGAUUAUUACAGCAACAAAAACUCUUCUCUGAAGCCUCUCCACAAUCCUGAGCUGUGGAUUCCUUAAUGUUCUAAUGGAUGUAAGCUGUGAAGCCUCAAAACAUCACAACUAGAUUAGCACUGAUGUGCUCAGAUUUGGGAAAACUGCCUAAUUAACAUUAUGCUGUACAGGAAUUAUGCUUAAAUUUGAAUUCAUCUGUGAGUGAGGCAUACAAAUCAAAGCUAAGAGCGUAAAUGUGAAAUGCAAAUAAGCCUGGGAAGGUAAACUGUGAAUCUUCAUUUCUAACAUUGAUCCAACUUUCUAUAUUGGGUCAAUAUAUUGUAUUUAGGUAAAAUUAAAAAUGGUAACCUACUUAAUUUAAAUUUUAAAUUAAGAGGUUUACAUCAAAACCAACAUUUCACAAAUGCACUUUUAAGACAUAACAAGUCACUAUUCUAGGCAGUAAAAAUGGUUUCUUGGCGCCUGUAAUACAUAAUCUAGAGAUGCGGACUUUAUUGCUACAUGGGAAUUACAUUUAAAUUUGAGGAUAUUUUAUAUAAAGAAAACUAAAGACCUAGUAAUUUUGGCAUAUUAUCUUUAAUAUUUUUUCUAGAAAACAGGUAACGUUUGUAUGUAUCCAUGAUAAAAAAUUUUUAUACAAAAUCUGCUGCAACCUAGCCCCAUCAAGAAAAUUAGUCUUUAUUGUAUUUGUAACUCAAAGUAAAUUAACAUCCCUCUUAAAACUUGCCGAUUUAACACUCCAGAAGUUUUUACUAAGGACUAAGGACUGUUUUUAUAAAACUGUCAUUGCUUCUAAUUUCGAAUUUUGUUUAAAAGGAAGUGAAUAUAUUUUCACAAAUUGCCCCUACUGUGCCAAAAGAAAGUUACUAAGUAAGUAGGCAUCUGUGUAAUUGUGAGAUUACUGAUGGUAGAGUUCAGGAUUUUCUAUUAAGUCAGUGAAUCUAAGGAGAUCUACAGCGUUAAAAGUGUUGUAAACGGUUACUCAGUACAGCGUGUAGCCUGAGUCCAUCCAGGAUGGCUGUACCCAAUUUUGAUAUCAUAUUGUGGGUAAAUAAGCACUGGAAAAGUAAACCAAAGAACCACAAUGUAUCUUAUACUUUUGUACACCAUGUUUUGUGGGUAAUUUUUCAGUUUUCCCAAAAGGCUGAUAGAUUUCAGUAUUUUGAAUACAUCAGUGUUAAUUUUGAGUUGGCAGAGUUAACCUAACCAACUACCAUUAUGUUCUGGUACCAAGGGAUAUACCUUUCAAUAAAGUUAUUGAAAUGCA